GAAGCAGGGCCGGGACGUUGAGGCCCGGCUUCACACCCCCAUCCCUUCGCCAGUUCUUUCUCGAGUGGUACCAAAUAACUGGGACGCGGUUCUCGAAAUGUACUCUUAAGGCGUAAAUUGCAACUCCAGUUUGGUCCCCCAACUCACACUGCCAUCUAAGGCCUGGCUGACUUCUCAUCUCUGCAAAAUUACUGCACCAUGGCAGGCCAACAGAAGAGUCGAUGGAUUAACAGCAGAGCUGGCUACCGGACAAUGCAAGAACCUCCACAGAACAUUGAAGAAUUCCUAAAGUUUCAAAACUGGGAUUAUUGGCCAAGGGAUAUCUAUUUUAUAGAUGAUGAUGAAUGGUCACGUACUCUGAACAAAAUAAAAGAUGAUAGUUCAUUUGAUUCAAUUUAUACACAUCUAUGGGAAAAUGUCUCUCGAAUAUUUGAAUCAAUCAUAAUCAUGGAGUCAAGAUUAAGUGAAUGUUCACUUCUUUUACAAAACCAUGCCUCUAAAAUAUUUGAGUGGACAAGCAUGAUUUGCAAACCAAGUUCCUACAGAAAAUUGGAAAAAUACAGGACAUUGCUAAAGAAGUACCAUAAGGAAGAAAAGAUAAUGCUUUCAGAUGAAAUGGAGACAGAGAAGAAUAUAGAGGGUUGCAGUUUCACAGGAUUCAAAUCAAAUGAGCUUACUCAACUACCCAGACAUUUGGAUGCUGAACGAAUUUAUCUUUUUAUUUUAAAAGCUCAUAACUUUGAGGAAAGAAUUUUUAAAAUCUGGAAGACUCAUUUUCUCUCAGAAGCAUCCAUUGCUCUUUUGCACGACUCCUUUUGGUGGUGGUUUCUCCAUAAAUUUAAGCCUGACAGACAAAAUCAAGAUUGCUUAUUUGAUAGAAUUUCAGAAAGUUAUGUGAUACUUUUCAUGAGCAUACCUCUAAGUCGAAAGGAUGCAUUCUUUCAGGUAUAUCCUGACUGUCUGGCACAAGCUAUCUAUGUAACAUUCCUGGAGGCAUUUCCAGAAUCUAGUAAACUCUUUAAUGAUGAAUUUAAAGAAGAUCUAGGGAAUAACAUUUUUCUUUGGUUAUCAGGCUUAAAACCUCAAAAAGGCUUUUGGACCCACUGGAAACUGAAAGAACUCUCCACAACAACCAUACAUGGUAGCAAGAAACCGCCUCCAAAAUCAAUAAAGGAAAGGAUCGCAAGCAGUCAAGAACGCAUAUCACAUACUAUUGACUUCAAUAUGGUAAAAAUUUUAAAGAACCCAAGAUCAUAUGCAACAUCCACAUCUAAGGACGAGUCAAGAUUAUCAAGACUAACAACAAAGUCCCAUUAUAGUAGCCAUGGUCCAGAGUUUAAUCGUGUUCUCUUCAAUAUUGGAGGUCAGAGUCCACUGAUUUUAUAUUAUCUCAAAAUGCAUGUGCUAGGUAGUAGUCCCAAAGUCCCUAAACGAACCAGGAUUAAACUCACUGAAAUCUCCCAAGAACCAUCGCCUGCUCCAACAUACCAUGAUAUUAUAAAGGAGGCAAGAAGACAAUUUGCAAGAAACGAAAAGGAUUUUAGGAUGGAAAAGCACAGAAUUAGUGAAGAAAUAAAAUAUCUAAAAUGGCGGCAAGAAAGAAUCAGCAAGGAGCUUGAUAGACUCCAAGCAAAGGCUACCAUGAAACCUCAUGAAGUUCAACAUGACUUUGAGAAGUUUCUACAUAAAUUGCAUACUGAAGCUCCAAUUGAGAGAGAAUGGACACCACAGUCAUCAUCAUCAUCAUCAUCAUCAUCAUCAACAACAGAAGACUCCAACUUUGAGGAAGAAGAAUUCUAAGAGAAACCAGAAAUGAACUCUAUUCAAGAAUGAUGCAUACAGUUCAGUUGUAUCAGUUUAAUUGUAGCAGUAUGUUUAAUUCAAGUCCAAUCCAUGAAGUCAGUAUUGAAUGUGUUUUACCAUUCAUCUUUAAAAUCUUCAAAUCAAUAAAUCUCAGUAAAUCAUUCUUAAAA